AUGCUCCCUCCUGUCCUCACACUCGCCGGCCUGUUGGUCGUUGCCGCCCACGCCAGCUUCGACGGCAACAUCAACUACCUUAGCCCCUCGAGUCGACACCCGAGCUUGGGCAUCGACGUCGGCCUGGUUGACCGCCGGUCGUGGAAGCGCGGCAAUGUCGCCUUCGAGCCUUCCCAGCUGAGCUUCACCCACGGCGUCGCCUCCGGGGACCCUUGGCCCGAGAGCGUCAUUCUCUGGACUCGCAUUGCCCCCUCCAGCGACCACGAGACCAACAAAUUCGUCAACGCCAACCCAAAUCCCAUCUGUCUCGAAUGGAGCGUCUUCACCAGCAACGACGAUGACGACCCCGAUGUCUCCAACUCGCUUGUCGCCAGCGGCCAGGUCUUUACGAGCUCAGACAUUGACUACACUGUCAAGGUUGAGGCUCGUAGCCUUGAGCCUCUUACUCAGUACAACUACCAGUUCAACGUCUGCGGCUCCGACAAGAAGAGCCCGAUGGGCCGCACAAAAACUGCCCCCCGUCCCGACGACGAGGUUUCGGAGAUGAGCUUUGCCGUCUUCUCCUGCAGUAACUUCCCAACCGGCUACUUCAAUGCCUACGGCAAUGCUGCAAGGAAGGACAAGCACGACUUUGUCAUUCACCUGGGAGACUACAUUUACGAAUAUGAGGCCGGCGGUGAACGUGCCUCCAUCCCUCGCGCUGUGCUGUUCAACCUCUACGACUACCGCUCUCGUCAUGGCCAAUACCGGACCGACCCCGACCUGCAACUACUCUCCAAGAAUCAUGCCUGGAUCCCGACCUGGGACGAUCACGAGUUCUCCGACAACGGGUUCCGUGACGGCUUCAGCGGCCUCAAUAACACGGAAGACUCCUUCAUGAAGAGCGGGGCCAGGGUUACCGUCGACACUCGCAAGGUCAACGCCGUGCGGGCCUAUUUCGAAUGGAUGCCAAUCCGGCAAACCGACCUAGACGACGGUCUUCGUGUCUGGCGGUCGUUUCAGAUGGGAAAGCUUUUGGACAUCAUCAUGCUCGACACCCGCAACUAUGACCGUAGCAUCACCACUCUUGGCUGGAACGACCACUACAUCGAUCUCAUCCGCGACGACCCCAGUCGCACUCUCAUGGGAUCCCGUCAAGAGAAUUGGUUUUACGACUCCCUCAAGCAAUCCCAGGACAGAGGCGCUCACUGGCGCAUUGUCGGCAACCAAAUUGUCUUCUCGCGGGUAUUUGACAAUGACAAGGGCGACAUGAGCGGCGAUGAUUGGAAUGGCUACAUCGCCAACCGCAACCGCACUCUCAAGCACAUUUUCGAUAACCGAAUUAGUAAUAAUAUCUUCCUGGCUGGCGACAGCCAUCAGAACUGGGUCUCUGACCUGGCGUGGCUCGGCACCAAAGCCUAUGACAAGAAGACGGGCAGAGGCGCCGUCGGCGUCGAGUUUGCGGGCACGGCUGUCACGUCCACGGGCCAGUAUGGUCCGAUAGAGCCUGUCGCGGGCGACAGUGCACGAGGCAUGAUCAGGCGCAACGACGAGAUGCAAUGGCAAGAGGGCUACUACCGCGGCUACUUCAUCCUACACGUGAGGCCGGGCCAGACGAGGGCUGAGUUUUACGGUUCGCCGUCUGUGGCGACACGCAAUCCGUGGGAUCUCCCGCUCGCCAACUUCACCAUCAGCGCCGGCCAGAACCACCUCGAUCGGCCGGUGGCCAACGGCCGGGUGGAGUCGGGCGCGGUCCGGGACGGCAUGGUCAAGCACACCAACCUGACGUUGAACACGCAGACGGGCGAAUGGGCCGUGGUUGGAUUCGAAAGGAUGUAUCUGUAG